AUGACUGAACAAGCUGAUAUUGCCGAUUUGGUUGAGAAAAAGAAAAAACGUACUUUUCGUAAGUACACUUAUCGUGGAGUUGAUCUCGAUCAGCUUCUCGAUAUGUCCAGUGAACAAUUGAUGGAAUUGUUUCAUUCUAGAGCUCGUCGACGUUUUGCCCGUGGCUUGAAAAGAAAACCAAUGGCUUUGAUUAAGCGGUUGCGAAAAGCCAAGAAAAAGGCUGGCCCUCUUGAGAAACCUGAGGUUGUCAAAACUCAUUUGCGUAAUAUGAUAAUUGUCCCUGAAAUGAUAGGCAGCAUUGUUGGCAUUUACAAUGGUAAAAGCUUCAACCAAGUGGAGAUUAAACCUGAAAUGAUUGGUCAUUACUUAGGAGAGUUCAGUAUAACAUACAAACCAGUCAAACAUGGUAGACCUGGUAUUGGUGCUACUCAUUCCUCCAGAUUUAUUCCACUUAAAUAA